AUGGCCGACCAACCCAUUCAGCCAGAGGAGGACUUCCUGGCCCCGGACGAGAACCAGGCAGAGCAUGGAAAUCCAAACUCCGACUCCGAGCCCGAGUCCGAUACUGAAUCCUUAGACGAGUCAUCCAUAAAAUCCACCCGCUCCUACUCCUCCAAAAGCCUCCAACACAUUCACGAAAAUGGCCGCCGCUACGCCGAGGAAACCUACUUCAUGCCCAACGACGAAGCAGAGCUAACCCGCCUCAACAUCGUCCACCAAAUCUACCUAAUCCUCCUCGACAACACCCUCACCACCGCCCCCACCCCCCAACAAACCCCCGCAUCCUCGACAUAG